CGAUAGGCGUCACAAUAAGUCAAACCGCUGAAUGAAAGUUUUUCCUUCCUCUUCUUAACAGGAAAAUUUGAGUAAAAGGUUCAACCAAGAUGUCGGGAGGCAUAACUGAUGGUACCCGGAAGGUCCUGGCGAUCGAUGAUUUGGUCGAAGCCUUGGACAGGCGUGAAAGGUCGCAGAGCAACGUUCCCAAGGUCGAUACCUUCCACUUCAAUGGGGAACGGGUCUCUGAUUGGCUGGACUUGGUAGAACAAGCGUUAGUGGGACUAUCGGACACUGUGAAAUUUCAGCGGAUUCUGAAGUAUGUGCUCCAUGACCAUCAUCAAGAGGUUGUGAACGCAGCUAAUGGCAACUGGGCGAGAUUCAAAGAUGGGAUGCAGAGGAAGUACAGGUUGGGCGAUGGUCUGUUAACCACUGCGGACCUAGAAGCGAUGAAUAAGGAUGACUUCACCACGGUGGGAGCCUUCGUACAAGACCCCCCUACGGCGCAAGGAAGAAUGGUGCAGGCGGUUCAUACCAGAGGCCAGACUAAGGCCAGUGCAAGCCAGGAACCUCCGCGGAAAGAGCCAGAGAAGAGAAAGGAGGUCGUAGAGGUGGAGGAUGAGGAGGAGGAGGACGAGCAAGAUGAAAGGUUGUGCCAAGUAGAGGACCAGAGAGCGGAGCAAAAAGCCAAGAAGAGAAGGGCCCAGGAAGAAGUCGAACCAAUUUUGCGCGAUGCCGUGCCGAGGAAAAAGAAGUAUGCGGUCCGGUUGGAGGAAGAGUUUGACAUGGAGAAGGUAAUCGAUAGAUUACUUGAGGGUCAUAACGACCUGGUGACCUUGAAAAAGAUCUUGGCGUUUGCUCCUAAGCUCCACAACGAGCUAAAGGGAAGACUCUCUCGGCUCUUAGUGCCAAAUGUCCAUCUAAGCGUGAUUCUUCCAAAGGAGGCGGGGUGGGUCGAAACUGAGACGAAGAUGGACUGGAAGUGCGUGGCAUUGGAAUGGUGGAUCUGGUUGUGAAGGGAUCUAGGUCCGUAGCGAUGGUGGAUACAGGGGCGGAGAUGAACAUCAUCAAGGAGACUGACGCACUUAGGUUUGGAUUGGAAAUAGAUCGCUCGGAUUGCGGCAUUUUGCACGAGGCUAACUGCAAAGCCGUAUUUUGUGGGACAACGUCAAAUGUAUUUAUUGAGAUUGGGAGAGUGAAGGCCAGAACUUGCUUCUUCGUCAUGCCAGACGUGGAUCAUGCCAUCCUCCUAGGGAGGUCGUUCCUAUGUAGGACAAAGACGUUAAUGUUCAAUAAACACAAUGGGACUCU